CUCUCCUCUCGGCAGCCCUCAUUUCGUGUAGUUUCUCUCUCUAGGGUUACGAUUUCAAUUCACUGACCAGCGAAUCAACUGAAGCUCACCCGCCUCUACGUCUCGGCUUAAUUUCCCCUGGGAUCCUUCAUCGUGAACGGGGCUUCAGAUUUCCUUCCUUGACUCGAAGAAUCUCCGGUCUCUUUGUUUUUCUCCAUCUUGCUAUGGUUUCUCUUUGAUUCCUUGGAUAUUCGAUGCGGUGUUAGAUUAGUGCUGUUCCUUGUACCUUUAAUGGUUGCUACGAUGGACCUAAAUGUUACGCCCCAACCCGAAGAAGAUGAGGAGCCUUUUGAUAGGCGCAUAGAUGAAUAUGCAGCACGAGGAGAACGAACAGAGUCUGGGGCCGAGAUAUCAAGACGGGAGCGCGAGGAAAGAAGGAAAAGAAUGAGAAUUGAGAAGCCAAUGUCCGUUUCUCAGCCAGCUAUGCAUAAUCAGUAUUUUCAUAAUAGAAACACUAAAUUCUGUGAUAAAAACAGGAUCCCUCAAGGUUGGCUAGAGUGCCCUCCUGCUGGUAAUGAAAUAGGAUGCAUCAUUCCUUCGAAAGUUCCUCUUAGUGAACUUUACAAUGAUCAAGUUCUUCCUGGUAGAAGAUACUCUUUUAAACAAGUGAUCCAUAACCAAAGAAUAUCUGGAAGAAGACUUGGUCUAGUAAUCGAUCUGACCAAUACAACACGUUACUAUCCUACAUCAGACUUGAAGAAAGAAGGCAUCAAGCAUGUUAAAAUUGCAUGCAAAGGCCGUGAUUCUGUGCCAGAUAAUGCGUCUGUGAACACUUUCGUGAACGAGGUUAAUCUGUUCGUCUUAAAUCAAAAGCACUCAAAAAAAUACAUUCUCGUUCAUUGUACACAUGGGCACAAUCGGACAGGGUACAUGAUAGUUCAUUAUCUUAUGCGUUCCAUGCCAAUGACUGUUACUCAGGCACUAAAAAUUUUUACCGAUGCCCGUCCUCCUGGGAUCUAUAAACCAGAUUAUAUUGAUGCUUUGUACACAUUUUAUCACGAAAUAAAGCCUGAUGGUAUGUUUUGUCCUCCAACUCCUGAGUGGAAGAGGUCUGUGGAGCUUGAUCUCAAUGGUGAAGCAUUGCCAGAUGAUGAUGAUGAUGGUUCAGCUGCCCCUGUGCAAGAAAACCUGGUGCUAAAUAGUGAAAAUCAUCAGGUCGAUGUCAGGAUGACAAAUGACGACAUAUUGGGUGAUGAAAUUCCUGCUAAUCAGGAGGAAGGUUUCCGGCAGUUCUGUUACAGGAUGCUCAUGCUGAAUAUUGGGGGAAGAGGAUGUUCGCAGUUCCCAGGUUCACACCCAGUAUCCUUAAACAGGGAGAACUUGCAGCUAUUGAGGCAGCGCUACUAUUAUGCCACGUGGAAGGCUGAUGGAACGCGAUAUAUGAUGCUUAUAACUAUUGAUGGAUGCUAUUUGAUAGAUAGGAGCUUUAGAUUUCGAAGGGUUCAGAUGCGGUUUCCCUGUAGACAUCCGACUGAAGGUGUAUCCGAAAAAGUGCACCAUUACACAUUGCUUGAUGGAGAAAUGAUAAUAGAUACUGUGCCCGAUAACCAGAGGCAGGAGAGGAGGUACCUCAUCUAUGACAUCAUAGCAAUCAACGGCCAGUCUGUCAUAGAGCGACCUUUCUAUGAAAGAUGGAAGAUGCUGGAGAAAGAAGUGGUCGAACCCCGUAAGAUUGAGAAGUGCUUAAGUCAUUGCUACAGAUACGACUUGGAGCCAUUUAGGGUACGGAGGAAGGACUUUUGGUUGCUUUCCGCUGUUGAAAAGGUCUUGAAGGGUUUUAUUCCUUCGCUUUCUCAUGAAGCAGAUGGUCUGAUAUUUCAGGGAUGGGAUGACCCUUAUGUUCCCCGUACCCAUGAAGGUCUUUUGAAGUGGAAGUAUCCGGAGAUGAAUUCAGUAGACUUUCUGUACGAGGUGGGUGAGGAUGGCCGUCAAAUGCUCUCACUGUUUGAAAGAGGGAAGAAAAAGGUUAUGGAAGGGAAUUCAGUCGUUUUUAAAGCAGAUGAUUCCGACCCUGCAAGUUACUCGGGGAAGAUUAUCGAGUGUUCAUGGGAUCAGGACGAACGGGUCUGGGUUUGCAUGCGAAUCAGGACAGACAAAUCAACUCCAAAUGAUAUUAACACGUAUAGGAAGGUGAUGAGAAGCAUAAGGGACAACAUCACGGAGGAUGUGUUGCUGCAAGAGAUCCGGGAGAUAAUUCAGCUGCCAAUGUACGCAGACCGAAUACAAAUGGACAGUAAAGCUGCGAGGCGCAGAUGAUUUAAGUUUUUUUUUUGGUAUUUUGUUCUCUCGUGCACAGCUAAAUCGAAUCUUCCUUUUAACAUAGUCGUCGGCCAGAGUUCUCGCUCACUAGACACCUUCUUUGUCUCUGGUAGUUGUAAAGUUACGGUCGCCGUCUUUUAUCGAAUCUGUAAGACCGGUUUGGUGGGGGUUGUGAAUAAAAACCAUUUGCAUGUGGUUUCGUGUUCAGAACUCAGAUCAACAUUAGUUGCAGUUGUAGUUAUGGUGCUUAGGCUGUUGUAAUCUACUUGUACUUUUACUGUU